AUGCAGAUUUUCUCUCUCCCCAUCGUCCUCUUCGGGUUAUUGGCCACCUUCGUCGCAGCCAACCAAUGCACGGGCAAUAAGAGCAACGCCGGCUACUGCGAGGUCCUCACCUACGAAGAUCGCACCAACAACAACGGCUCUCCACCAUCGACAUCACAGUGCGAGUCUUCUUGCAAGGACGUACUGACCGACGCCGGCGACUGGAGCGUGAGCUUCAAGGGCCAGGCGGCAGGCUACGUCCAGCGUAUGGUCAACUCUGCAUGCAGCUUCAGCGUCGGAAGGGGCAACGGAGAGCCGAGUGCCUACCAGUUCUUCAUGGAUAACCAGGACAUUGUCGACAUUCUGGACGAGGUCAAUCGGAGGUUCGGUGGGGCGCACACCGGCAAGGUGUCGGCGCAGGGAACAAUGAGGUGCCAGGGUCAUCCUGCAACUUGGUACGUGGAUUAG